UCUCAAUCGCCAUCGCCAUCGCCAUCGCCAUCUCGCCUGCGACGAUCUCGAUCUCGAUCUCGAUCUCGAUCUGACUAUGCUCGCCUCGCGAUCCUUCAGGCACCGACCUCCAUCCUCCUCCGCCGCCGCCGCCGCCGCCGCCGCCGCCUCCGGCUCCUCGCUCCUGCGGCUCCUCUCCAGCGUCGCCCUGGGCUCCGGCCUCGGGAUCGCGUACUGGCACUGCGCUCCCGAGCGCGACGGCGGCGGCGACGGCGAUGGCUUGAAGCCGUUCGUGGCCUUCGCCGACUCGCCGGCGGCGGCGGCGCCCCCCGCGGCUGAAUCCGCGGUCGGCGAUUGCGGGUCGCCCCGCGCGCUGUUCCGGAAAUUGUCUCUGCCUGAUUACAGCCCCAAGUAUCUUUUUGGAGAUGCGUAUAGGAGGAAGGUCUUCUUCAACUAUGAGAAGCGAAUUCGGCUGCGAAGUCCUCCUGAGAAGGUUUUUGAAUAUUUUGCGUCUUUCCGAACCCCAGAAGGAGAAAUACUCAUGAAACCAGCAGAUUUGAUGCGUGCAAUUGUUCCUGUUUUCCCUCCUUCUGAAUCCCACCUGGUUCGAGAUGGGUAUUUGAUAGGAGAGAGGAAUCCUGGGGAGCUAAGAUGUGCUCCAUCGAACUUCUUUAUGCUUUUUGAUAUGAACAAUGAUGGACUCAUAUCGUUCAAAGAAUAUAUAUUUUUUGUAACACUACUCAGUAUCCCGGAAUCGAGCUUCUCAGUCGCAUUCAAAAUGUUUGACACAGACAAUAGUGGGGAGAUAGACAAGCGAGAAUUUAAGAAAGUGAUGUCUCUCAUGCGGGCUCACAACAGACAAGGGGCACACCACAGGGAUGGGCGUCGAACUGGAUUAAAAGUUAGCGGUUCUGUGGAAGAUGGUGGCCUGGUUGAGUACUUCUUUGGCAAAGAUGGGAAGGCACGUCUUCAGCAUGAUAAAUUUGUCCAGUUCAUGAGAGAUUUACAAGUUGAGAUGCUUAAUUUGGAGUUCUCUCAUUAUGACUACAAACAAAAUGGAACUAUAUCUGCUAAAGAUUUCGCAUUGUCCAUGGUUGCUUCUGCUGACAUGAACCAUUUGCACCGUUUGCUGGACCGAGUUGAUCAAUUAGACAAAGAACCACAUCUUACAAAUGUGCGUAUUUCACUAGAGGAGUUUAAGAACUUUGCAGAGCUACGCAAAAAAUUGCAGCCAUUUUCCUUGGCCCUUUUCAGUUACGGAAGAGUAAAUGGUUUACUCACUAGAAAAGACUUUCAGCGAGCUGCAUCUCGGGUCUGUGGUGUCUCACUUACGGAUAAUGUUGUGGAGCUCAUUUUCCACGUGUUCGACUUAAAUCAGGAUGGGAAUUUAAGUGCGGAGGAAUUUGUUAGGGUUCUUCGCAGACGAGAAAAAGACAUUGCAAUGCCAGAGGGCGAUGGUCUCAUGGGAUUGCUUUCUUGUUAUCACAAUUGUGGAAACAAGUACACUAUCAAUUGCUUGCUUUCUUGAGUCUUAUCUCAGGUGCAAGGUCCCAUAUAUAAUCUUCUGCGACGACUUAUCUGUAUGGUUGGUUGCUGGAAGCGUUGGUGAUAUUCAGUGACCCCAUGACUCUUUUCAGAGUAGAGAUGAAUCUCGAACUGCUUAGCGACUCCAGUGAUCUGAUGCUGAAGAGUGUCGCGUAGCAGCCAGGUACUCAUGAAGGCAAGCAAUAGCAUCACAUUCUGGAUCCAUUUGGCAUGUCGAAAAUAGGAGAACUGAGGUUCUCACAGGCACUAGUGAAUGUUAGGUUGAUGACAGCCGGUGCGUUUUCCCUGGCUUAUAACAGGGAACCGGUAUGGUUUACUGUGAAUGUACAAAAAAUAAUCGAGUAUAGCUUUAGACAUUACAUGGAUUAUUGAAAUAGAUAAGGUCCUGUGAACUGUCGUCUUUUAUAUACGCCUCUUUUCUCUUGGCCUGAUCGGAGAAUUCUU